AUGCAACCGCCUCGUGCAGUGAUGAGUCAAGUGAGCGAAUGGAAAAAGCUCGAUUUUCGACGUUUUUUUGAGGCUCGAGCCAUCGCUCCGUCAGCUCGCCCAGAAGUACAACUGCGACAAGUAGAUCUGGAGAAAGUGCUACGAUCGUUUCCCACCACAUGUCAGCAACUGCAGAAAAAAGAAGUGCGGACACUCGAACGAUAUUCGCAUCAAGAAGAAGUUGAAAGCAACCAGAAUCCGCAUCCGAUUGCGAAGACAACAACGACACGAGCUGUGCACAUGAGAAGUCGGAUGGAUCAUCGUGAGAAGUCGCAUGGAUCAAUUGGCGAAGCAAUAUUUUCUUAUAAGAUGGAGGAUGCUUUUCGUGUCAUGAAAUCUCUACUUCUCCAUAGAAAUUGUAAAAGUGAACAGAAAGAGCUGGUUUUACUACAGCAUCAAUUUAACGAAAUUGAUGAAUCUCUUCGAUCAAAUCUUUUCCGGAAGGGGAGGAAGUGA